AUGGACCAAAAAGACAAAAAUAACAGUGUCACCAUGAAACACCCAAGUACUGGCAGGCCUAAAAACAAUGGUGUGUUUCCUGGCAGGUUGAAAAUGGCUGUAGUUAAACUAAUACACCAAACUGAUAGAGAAAAUAAUAUUAAGAAAAUCCUGGAACAUUACAACAAUGCUGACAUAUUAAGUGAUUUCCAGCAUGGUUUGAGAAGAGGUCAAAGUAACACAUCAGCAGCAGUGCAAUGUGUCCAUCAUGUACUUAAAAAAAUAAAUGAAACAUCCCAAGCAGCAGGAGUAUUCCUGGACCUCUUAAGGGCUUUUUAUAGAGUACAUCAUGAUGUGCUCUUAUCAAAAAUUGCAAAGAGUGGUGUUACUGGAAUACUCAAGCAAUUACUGGAAACAUAUUUAAAGGGUAGACAGCUGUGCAUGGAGGUUAUAUACUGUAAUGGAGAAAUACUGGAAAGAAGAAGCUCAAGUGAUACAUCUUGUGUCUGCUAA